AUGAUAUUUGGAUAUUAUAUAUAUAAACCGCUUUUUUCAUAUCGUCGAUCAGUCCAUUAUUUUACUUUGAAUUCAAUAUCCAUCGGUGAUGGAUACGCCCCUGAAAACCAUAUAAAACCAUAUAAAGACGCUCUAAUACUUGAAUCGACUAUUUAUGGGCUUAUAAAACUGUUCAACUAUAUUUCUGGACUCGUUAAUAUCGAUGUCGGAAAAACCAAAUAUAUCUGUAAUAAUCAUGCUGUCUCAAACUAA